GGUGACGUACUUUGUAAACAGGAAGUACUCCGUGAGGUGCGGACAACGCUCUUAAAACUACCCGAAAAGGUCCUGGCUGAAGACUGAGGAAUAUAUUAUGGGGAAGAGCUGUAAAGUGGUCGUGUGUGGCCAGUCGGCUGUUGGAAAAACAGCUAUAUUGGAACAACUACUAUAUGCCAACCAUGUUGCAGGUUCAGAGCCCAUGGAGACCCUUGAGGAUAUCUACAUGGGCUCCAUAGAAACUGACCGCGGCACACGAGAACAGGUGCGCUUCUACGACACCCGCGGACUCCGGGAUGGGAUGGAGUUCCCUCGGCAUUACUACACUUUUGCUGAUGGCUUUGUACUCGUGUACAGCAUCGACAGCAAAGAGUCCUUUAAGCGAAUGGAGGCCCUCAAGAAAGACAUUGAUCGUCACAGAGACAAGAAAGAGGUUACCAUCGUUGUGUUGGGUAACAAGCUGGACAGGCAGGAUGAGCGGAGAAUUGACUCUAACUAUGCCCAGAACUGGGCAAAGAACGAGAAGGUGCGUCUGUGGGAGGUGUCGGUGGUGGACCGUCGCACACUCAUUGAACCGUUUGUCUACCUGGCCAGUAAAAUGACCCAACCGCAGAGCAAGUCAACCUUUCCUCUGAGUCGCAAUAAGAAUAAGGGCAGUGGAUCAACUGACAGCUAGAUGCUUGACCCAGCUGCCGCGUUUAAAGUGAAGGGUAGAAGUAUGUUAAAGGGAACACUGUUUUACGGAAAAAAACAAAACAAUUUUGAUAUUAGGAGGGACUGAGACAGUAAGUUUUUAGGUUUUGAGAAUGUGAAGAAGUGAUGAUGAGAGAAAAGUCAGGAAGAUUGUAAAAAUAUUUAUAUCCAGCGAGCACUGUUGGUCGCUUUGAGACAUCUUUGUUUCGAUCUCUGCUGAUGUUAUGAGAGUUAACGCUUAUCUGAAAUGAAAAAAAAGACAUCACCGCUUUGUAAAAUCAAAUGUACUGUGUAGAAUUAUGAUCACAUUAUUUCACUUAUAACAUCAGCUGUGUUUGGAACAAAGUAUGUUUUGGAUUUAUAAGUUUCAGUUCUUAAACAUCUUACAAUCAACAUUUUGAUGCUGUUCUAUCUUUGGGGAGUCCCUAGUUUUAAGAAAUCAUAGUCAUUGUGCUCAUAGUCAAAACAAAUGUGGAUUUUGCACAUUGGGACACUGGCUUGUAUUAUGUUCAUGAACACUAAAAGAGCACACAGACUGAAUCAUUUCAAACCACAUCACACCAAUGCUGGAUGUAGCACAAUGUGAAAGGUGGAGAUUUGUUACGUUGUUCAAGUUUGUUGCUGAGAUUCACCGUGUAAUGUUGCUGGAUGAUUGACAUUCCUUACCACGUAAAGCCUUUAGCGCAGGAUGUUCAGGAUGUUUGACGAGUAGAUGCUGCUGCAGGAUCGGGUGUUACUUUUUCUGGCUGUUCCACUUGAAAGAUAUUGAUGAUAGAUUGGAGCAUCAACACUGUAAUAAACGGGUUACUGCUGUAGUAGAUAAAACCUUAAUGUGCAUGACCGUCAUCUAACUGUUUAUUCAGCCUGCAUAUCAGAAAUGAGGAGCCUUUGCUUAUAGUUUCAUUGAAAAAGGGGAAACUGGAUAUUAUUUUUUAAUGUUUCACAUUUGUGCCAUCAAUAUCAACGCUUGUAUCAUGUGUGCUGCUUUUAUUUUGAAGUUUCAAGCUUUCAGGUUUAACCAGUUAUGAAGCUUAUUCAGUUUAUAUUUGUUUGCAAGUUUUGUAAAUGAAUUAAAAGCUUCUAUGCGCCUGUGC